CGCAAAAAGUCAAUGCUUUUCUUCCUUCUUAUCGUCCUCCGACCGCCACCACCACCAUAAUCGCCGGAAAGUUGGUGAAAUUCCGAUCACAAAACCCUACCUCCAUGAAUUGUUUCAGAACUAAUCUCGUCGCCGUGUUCUUAAUAACGUUUGUGGUUUUGUUCUGUACCGAGCCGUCAACGGUCGUCGCGGAGGAUGAUGUGGAGUGUUUGCGAGGGGUGCAGAGAUCAAUUGGUGGUUCAGGAUCGGAGCUCUCGACGUGGAACUUUGCUAAUUCUACUAGAGGAUUUAUCUGCGGAUUCUAUGGCGUCACGUGUUGGAAUGAUCAGGAGAAUCGUUUGAUUUCACUCAUGCUUGGCGAUCUUGGACUUCCUGGAUCAGUUCCUUCGUCCUUACGGUUAUGUCCGAGCUUACAGAACCUGGAUCUCUCUGGUAAUAAUCUCACCGGCUCUAUUCCUGGUGAAAUUUGUAGCUGGUUACCUUAUUUGGUUAGUUUGGAUUUGUCAAACAACGAAUUAACUGGAGAAAUUCCGGCGAAUCUCGGAAAUUGUUCGUUUCUGAAUACUGUACUUCUGUCAGGAAAUAAGUUGUCUGGUAAUAUACCGGCUGAGUUCUCCAACUUGGGCAGGCUAAAAAUGUUUUCAGUUGCAAACAAUGGUCUAUCUGGUUCAAUUCCGUCAGGGUUGUCCAAUUUUGAUUCAUCGGCUUUUGAUGGAAAUGAUGGACUUUGCGGUAAUCCCCUUACCAAGUGUAGUGGUCUGAGCAAGAAGAAUCUUGCAAUUAUUAUUGCCGCUGGUGUGUUGGGGGCUGUAGGGUCAAUACUGUUAGGGUUUGGGAUGUGGUGGUGGUGCUCUAUGAGGUCGAAGAGGAAGAGAAAGAAUGGCAUUCACAGAGAUGAUGAUAGUAGUAGUUGGGCUGACAGGUUGAGAGCUUUCAAGCUUGUUCAGGUUUCUUUAUUUCAGAAACCACUUGUGAAGGUUAGGCUGGUGGAUUUAAUGAUAGCAACAAACAAUUUCAGUAGAGAGAAUGUUAUAAUAUCGACCAAGACAGGAACUACUUAUAGAGCCGUUCUAUCGGAUGGUUCUGCACUUGCAAUUAAAAGGCUUAACACUUGCAAGCUUCAUGAGAGGCAAUUUCGGUUGGAGAUGAACAGAUUAGGUCAGCUUAGACAUCCUAAUCUGACUCCUCUGUUGGGAUUCUGCAUAGUGGAAGAGGAGAAGCUCUUAGUUUAUAAGUACAUGUCCAAUGGAACUUUGUCGUCAGUGUUGCAUAAAAAUGGGAGUUUGUUAGAUUGGCCUACUAGGUUUAGAAUUGCUCUAAGUGCAGCAAGAGGGCUUGCUUGGCUUCAUCAUGGCUGUCGCCCUCCAGUAUUGCUCCAAAAUGUUAGCUCCAACACCAUAUUCCUUGAUGAGGAUUACAAUGCAAGAAUAGUGGAUUUUGGAUUGGCUAGGCUCAUGACUUCCUCUUCUGAACAACUGGAUGAGAGUAGCUUUGCUGAUGGGGAUAUGGGUGAGUUUGGUUAUGUGGCUCCAGAGUACUCAAGCACCAUGGUUGCUUCUGUGAAAGGUGAUACUUAUGGUUUUGGUGUAGUGCUCAUGGAAUUGGUGACUGGGCAGAAACCUCUCAAAGUAACUGCUGCUGAAGAAGGGUUUAAGGGUAAUCUGGUCGACUGGGUAAACCAACUGUCUAGAUCAGGACAAAUCAAGGAUGCCAUUGAUAAGAAUCUCUAUGGCACAGGUCAUGAUGAUGAAAUUCUCCAAAUUCUGCGAAUCGCAGGUAAUUGUGUUGCUCCUCAACCCCAGGUGAGAUGGUCAAUGUAUCGGGUUUCUGAAGCGCUGAGUAGCAUAGCACAAGAACUAGGCCUCUCACAACAUUAUGAUGAGUUUCCGCUUCUUUUUGACACACAUGAUAUGGACGAGAUUGUUUGAGCUGUCGUGCUGAAGAUGUGGGGAGAAGCUUUGAUGAUAAAAACUUUCUGCUAUCUAAUUGUUCUACUGAAGCAUGCUUAUUGUAAAUUGUAUACUCUCUAUCUUUGCUGCCUGAUGUGAUACAUUGAUGUUUGUUAUAUAACUGUAUAAUAUCAC